AUGAUUUCACAAACAAUUCGUUCAGCUUUAAGAAGAAAUUUAGUUAAACCAAGAAUUACUAUUGCUAGAAAUUCAAAUUUGAUUUUAAAAUCAUCAUUUUCAUCACAAGCAAGAUUAUUAUCUGAACAUCAUGAAGAAACUUUCGAAGAAUUCACCGCAAGGUAAGUAAAUAACUAAUUGAGAUAUGAGAUAUGAUUACUAACUUUCAUUCUAGAUAUGAAAAAGAAUUUGAAACUGCUUAUGAUUUAUUUGAAGUUCAAAGAAUUUUGAAUAAUUGUUUUUCCUAUGAUUUAGUUCCAGCUCCAGCUGUUAUUGAAAAAGCUUUACAAGCAUGUAGAAGAGUUAAUGAUUAUCCAACAGCAGUUAGAACUUUUGAAGCUUUAAAACAUAAAGUUGAAACUAAAGAACAAUAUCAAGCUUAUUUAGAAGAAUUGAAAGAUAUUAGAAAAGAAUUAGGUAUUGAUUUGAAAGAAGAUUUAUAUGGCGAAGAAGCUUAA